GUCUUCUUCCUCCGCUUAAUGUUAGCACAACAAUGGCGUCCUGUAGUGAGGAGUCUGCUAACAUAACAGUUACCGAAGAGGAAUCAUCUGAAACGCUUCCGUCCCAGAAGAGAGAAGCUAGACUACGAAAAUUUCGAGAGCUGCAUUUCAAACGGAAUGAAGCACGUAAGCUCAAUCACCAGGAGGUUGUGGAGGAAGACAAAAGACUGAAACUCCCCGCAAACUGGGAGGCUAAGAAAGCCAGACUGGAGUGGGAGCUCGCCGAAGAUGAAAAGAAAAAGGAAUGUGCUGCCAGGGGGGAGGAAUAUGACAGAGUGAAGCUACUGGAAAUCACUGCUGACGAUGCAGAGCGAUGGGAGAGGAAGAAGAAGAAGAAGAACCCAGACACUGGAUUUGCAGGUUAUGCAGAGGCCCAAUUCCGACAGUACCAGAGGCUCACCAAACAAAUCAAACCAGACUUGGAAGGCUAUGAGCGGCAAAGGGAGGAAUGUGGUGAGGACUUCCACCCCACGUCCAAUAGCCUGAUCCACGGUACCCAUGUCCCAACAAAGGAAGGCAUUGACCGCAUGGUGGAAGAUGUAGAGAAACAGAUCGAGAAGCGGGCCAAGUACAGCCGACGCAGGGCCUACAACGACGACGCCGACAUCGACUACAUUAACGAGCGGAAUGCCAAGUUCAACAAGAAGGCGGAGCGUUUCUACGGGAAAUACACAGCAGAGAUCAAACAGAACUUGGAGAGAGGCACGGCUGUCUAGUGGGUCAAGUCACACUUCUGGACAUGUUCUCUGCUUCAGUUUUGUCUUCAUUUAGGAGUCUUGGAUGCAUCUUUUUCCUCUUUCUAACUGUUGAGUAUGGACUCUAUUAUAAAGCAGCUUUUGUCAUGCUGAGGUUAUUUUGGGCAGGAAGAUAAUUCAGUUUUCUGUCAGAUAUGUAAUGUGUGAUGUUCUUUUGUACAGUAUCAGAAGCUGAAACGACACUUGUUAUUCUUAUAUCUUGAAAUAAACCACUUCCAAUUA